ACCAACGAACGAAAAAUGAAGGCCGUCAUAGCAGCCUUAUUAGUGGCUGUGGUGGCCGCAGUGGCCGACGAGUCAUGUCCGUCCGACUGGUGGGCGCGUGAAAAACUGCUGGUCCAUGAAGACUGCCACAAAUUUUAUAUGUGCACAUAUGGCAAACCAGUAGAGAUGACUUGCUGCUGCGACCUUUACUUCAACGUUGAAAGCGGACAAUGUGACUGGCAGUAUAAUGUAGACUGUGGUGAUAGAAAUAGUCCAGGAGAUGCGCUCACAAUUGAGGUAGAAACGGAUCCCACCGCCACUGACCUUACAACUGCUGACUCCACAACCCCUGCACCUACGACAACAGAACCCACUACUUCAGAAUCCACAACCCCUGAACCUUCGACAACGGACAACGUUACUUCAGAACCCACGACCACCGAGCCUACAACCCCUGAACCUACGAUAACUGAACCCACCAAUCCAGAACCCACAACCCCUACGAUAACGGAGCCAACCACUCCAGAACCCCCAACCCCUACGACAACGGAGGCAACCACUCCAGAACCCCCAACCCCUACGACGUCAGAGCCCACCACUCUAGAACCCCCAACCCCUACAACAACGGAGCUUACUACUCCAGAAUCCCAAACCCCUACGACAACGGAGCCUACCACUCCAGAACCCCCGACCCCUACGACAACGGAGACCACCACACCAGAACCCGCAACCCCUACGACAACAGAGCCCACCACUCCAGAACCCCCAACGCCUACGACAAUGGAACCCACUACUCUGGAACCUGCUAACACCGAACCCACAACCCCUGAACCUUCCGCCGCGAAACCCACAACACCUGCGCCUGGGUUCCUCGAGAACGGUUGCCCCGUGGACCCCCACAUACACUGGCUACUGCCUGUGGAGGGAGACUGCAACGGGUUCUACUACUGCGUAUGGGGAGAACUGGUCCUGAGGGCCUGCCCGCCCACCCUACACUUCAAUACGGAACUCCAAGUCUGCGACUGGCCCGCAAACGCUGGCUGCAACUCUUCUGUACCUACAACACAACCCACCACUCCUGAACCUAAUGUCACUACGCCCACAACCCCUACACCAAAUACCACCGCGAAACCCACAACACCCACGUCUGCGUUCCUCGAGAAUGGUUGUCCUACAAACCCCCACAUCCACUGGCUGCUACCUGUGGAGGGAGACUGCAACGGGUUCUACUACUGCGUGUGGGGAGAACUGGUCUUGAGGGCCUGCCCGCCCGCUCUACACUUCAAUAAGGAACUCCAGGUCUGCGAUUGGCCCGCAAAUGCUGGUUGCAACUCUUCUGUACCUACAACAACAAAACCUACCACACCAGAACCUACGACCACUGAACUUACGACAAUGGAACCCACUACUCCAGAACCUACUACCACUGAACCUACGACAACGAGACCCACCACUCCAGAACCUACAACCACUGAACCUACAACCACCAAGCCCACAACCCCUGAACCUACCACCGCGAAACCCACAACACCCGCUCCCGGAUUCCUCGAGAAUGGUUGCCCCGUGGACCCCCACAUACACUGGUUACUGCCUGUAGACGGAGACUGCAACGGGUUCUACUACUGCGUGUGGGGAGAACUGGUCCUGAGGGCCUGCCCACCCACCCUUCACUUCAAUAAAAAUCUCCAGGUCUGCGACUGGCCCAGAGACGCUGGUUGCAACUCUUCUGUGCCUACGACAACAAAACCUACUACUCCAGAACCUAAUGCCACUACACCCACAACCCCUAAAGAUAACACCGUCAAACCCACACCACCCUCGUCUGGGUUCCUCGAGAACGGUUGCCCUACGAACCCCCAUAUCCACUGGCUGCUGCCUGUGGAGGGAGAUUGCAACGGGUUCUACUACUGUGUAUGGGGAGAACUGGUCCUGAGGGCCUGCCCGCCCACCCUGCACUUCAAUAAAGAACUCCAGGUUUGCGACUGGCCCGCAAAUGCUGGUUGCAACUCUUCUGUACCUUCGACAACAAAACCCACCACUCCGGAACCUACAACCACUGAACUUACGACAACGGAACCCACCACUCCAGAACCUACUACCACUGAACCUACGACAACGAAACCCACCACUCCAGAACCUACUACCAUUGAACCUACAACCACCCAGCCCACAACCCCUGAACCUACCACCGCGAAACCCACAACACCCGCUCCCGGUUUCCUCGAGAAUGGUUGCCCCGUGGACCCCCACAUACACUGGCUACUGCCUGUGGAGGGAGACUGCAACGGGUUCUACUACUGCGUGUGGGGAGAACUGGUCCUGAGGGCCUGCCCACCCACCCUUCACUUCAAUAAAAAUCUCCAGGUCUGCGAUUGGCCCGCAAAUGCUGGUUGCAACUCCUCUGCACCCACUACAGUAAAACCUACCACUCCGGUACAAAAUAACACUGAGCCCUCAACGCCUGAACCUACAACCGUAGAACCCGUAACACCCGAGGCCGGAUUCCUCGAAAACGGUUGCCCCGUGGACCCCCACAUCCACUGGCUGCUACCUGUGGAGGGAGACUGCAACGGGUUCUACUACUGUGUGUGGGGAGAGCUGGUUCUGAGAGCCUGCCCGCCCACCCUGCACUUCAAUAGAAAAAUUCAAGUUUGUGACUGGCCCACCGAAGCUGGUUGCAUCACAUCGCUUAACAAACACAACAUGGGGCAAUACUCUAAACUUUUUGCUACAGAACUUUUCAGAGGCAUAACAAAUUCAAGAAUCUAGAUGCAUAAUUUCGGAAGCGACAGUCGUUUUUAGCAACAACCAACAUUCUUGGAGAAAACAAUUUUUUUUUACAUUAAUUAAAUGAAUUAUUAAAUUUCAUAAUAAAUACCACGGAUUAGGAGAGGA